CUCUCUCUCUCUCUGGUCUGACGAUAAACGCGGACUCAGACGGCAGAUAAAGCCGUAUGCCUCACAGUGUGUUCUCAUCUUGGAGUUCCGCCACGCCUCGCUGAAGCCCCGCGCCUCCACGGCCGCGUCUCCUGCCAGAACAUUUGCACCGGGCGGCGAGACGCCCUAGCUGGAUCGUCGAUCCAACGCCCCCCCAAACCCACCCCAACCCGCCACCCACCCACGGGCCGGCGUCCUAGAUGCGGCGUCCGCCGCCAGCGUUGGAGAGGAGCAGCACGCCCUUCUUGCCCUUGCCCCCCUUGCUCGGCCGGCCGCUCGGCGGCACCGCCGAGGACGCGGCGGCCCACGACGCGGCGAGCUCCGGUGGCACCUCCUCCUCGCCGUCGUCGCCGCCGCCGCCGCCGGCAGCGGAGGCGGAGGCGGAGGAGGACGAGACAGUCAAAGCUAAAGCUGCCGCGGAGGCCGCCCGCGGCUGCGAGUGGUGAAGGAGCGAGGCGCCGCCAAUGCGCACGGCCGACGCCGGCGGGAGCAGAGGCGCGGCGAGCGGCGGCGGCGAGGCCGCUGGCGCGGAGGUUGGGCGACCUGGCCGCCCACGCGCCCUGCGGCAGCGGCGACGGCGCGGCGCCGGGCAAACCUCC